AUGCUCCGCUCGCUCUUCGGCCGCGCGGCCGAGGACGACGCCGACGCCGAGCACUUCGACCACUGGCAGACGACGGACCUCUGCUGGAGCGCCGGGGCCGAGCGGCGCGCGCUCGCCCGGUGGCGGCUCUGGGGCCGGCGCAUGGGCGGCGAGCGCAAGCAGGUGCGCAAGUCGCCGCGCCGGCUGCCGGCCGCCUACCUGCCCGAGAUGGGCGCGACGCGCCGGGCCGGGGGCGAGGCGCCGCCGCCGCCGCCGUCGCGGCGCGCCGUCGUCCUCGAGGACCUGCGGAGCAAGGGCCACGUCGUGGCGAACGGCGGGCGCUACGGCGGCGACUACGUCUGCUACGAGGGCCACCCGGACAGCUGCCACUCGUCCGAGACGGUGCGCGUCGUCGGCGAGCACGAGCGGCUCGAGGCGGCCGACGUGGCGGCCUACUGCCGCGUGCAGGGCAACGUGUCCAAGCGCGCGGUCUUCGCGGCCGUCGACCCGGCGUCGCACGACGUGCUCUACGUGGGCUGGGCCUUCGACGCGCAGCUCUCGCGCGACCCCCUGAAGCGGCUCGAGCGGCGCUUCGCGCGAAAAAUCCAGGACGAUUCUAAAUUAAGCGUCGAGGCCGCGGCCGGCGACGGCCUCGGCCCGGAGGACUGCGCGCGCCUGACCGUGGCGCAGCUCCGCGAGGCGCUCGAGGCGCGGGGGCUCGACGCGACGGGCCUCAAGGCCGCGCUCCAGGUGCGGCUCUACGACGCGCUGACGGCGAUGGAGACGUCCUAAGU